AUGAGAAAGUGUAAGGUUUUUGUUGGUAACUCGCAUCCCCAGCUCGGCAACCUCGUUUGCGAGAACUUGGGCAUCGAGCCGGCUCCUGCGACGUUGAAGAAGUUUGCCAAUGGCGAGACGUCCGUGCAGAUUGGCGUCUCGGUCAGAGACGAGGACGUCUACAUCAUCCAGAGCAGCUCGCAGGACAUCAAUGACCACAUCAUGGAGUUGUUGAUCUUGAUUUCGGCGUGUAAGGGCGGUUCGGCUGCGAAGAUCACCGCAGUCAUCCCGCAGUUCCCCUACUCGAAGCAGUCCAAGAUGAAGAAGCACAGAGGCGCCAUCACCGCCAGAAUGCUUGCCAACUUGUUGGUCAUGGCGGGCGCCGACCACGUGGUUUCAAUGGACCUCCACGCCUCGCAGAUGCAGGGUUUUUUCUCCAAGCCCGUGGAUAAUUUGUAUGCUGGGCCCACCUUGGCCAAGUGGAUCAAGGAGAACGUCCCUGACCACAAGGACGCGGUCGUGGUGUCGAAGAACCCCGGCGGUACCAAGCGGGUCACCGCCUUGGCCGACCAGCUGAAAAUCAACUUUGCCAUGAUCCACACCGACAGAAGAAGAACCGUCGACGGGUACAACGGGUUGAUGAAACACAGACACGCCAAGAAGAGCCCCGAGUCCGUCUCCAGCGGCUCCAGCGAGAAGGACAACAUCGCUUCUGCAGAUAUCCAGACGGCAAGAAUAGUAAAGGGCCACGUCCUCGAUGACGACGGAUCCCUAACAGUGGACUCUGCCCCACUCUGCAAACCGACGCUGCACCACAAGGAGUCCGAGUUGAACUUUGAAAACAACGACUCGGAUGACGAGGACGAGCCCGAGUUUAACGCCGAAGAAAAAUUGAUCACUUUGGUCGGUAACGUCCAAAACCGUCCUGCAAUCAUUGUCGACGACAUGAUCGACAAGCACACCUCCUUCAUCGCCGCAGCAGAACACUUGAGAAUGAACUGUGGCGCUAAGAGCUGCUACAUUGUCGCCACCCACGGUAUCUUCAACACUGACUGCUUGGAAAGGUUGAACGACUGCCCUUACAUCGAUGGGGUCAUUGUCACAAACACCUAUCCAAUCUCUGAGGAGUCAAUGAAGAAGUUCAAAAAGUUGACAGUCAUCGACGUCUCUCCUAUCUUUGCAGAAUGCAUAAGAAGAGAUCACUUUGGCGAGUCCAUCAGCGUCUUGUUCGACUCAUUGGCUACUAUCGUAUGA